CGCUUUUCGAUGGCACCUCCACAAGUAAGAAGGUCCGCUAGGUUAAGCAAGAGAUGCCAAGAAGAAAAGGUUAAGCUUCAGAAGAAAAAUGUCGGAUUUAAGGCAAAAUCUAAGUCGGCUAAAAAGAGUAAUAAGAAAUUCAAGAAAGCUGCCGCUCAAAGACAAAGCCCAAUUGACAUCGUCCCACAACACGUGUGCUGUGACACAGACGUUUGCAAGGCUGAUGCCUUGAACAUUGACUACAAAUCAGGUGACUGUUGCGAUGUCCUUGUCUCCGAAGGAGGUUUCCUUGUGAAUGUCAAGAGAAAUUGUGGCACAUUCCUUACCGCCAACCAUUUACCAUCAUCAAAAUUCGCGUUGGCUCAGUUCCAUGCUCAUUGGGGAAGCAACUCGAAAGAAGGAUCCGAGCACUUUUUGGACGGAAAACAACUUAGCGGAGAGGUUCACUUUGUAUUCUGGAACACCAGCUAUGAGUCGUUUAAUGUGGCACUCAGCAAGCCCGAUGGAUUGGCGGUUGUUGGAGUCUUCUUGAAGGAAGGAAAAUACAAUGACAAUUACCAUGGCCUGAUCGACACAGUGCGCAAAGCCACCGGAAAUGCCACACCAAUUGCCAUGCCAAAAGACUUCCACAUUGAGCAUCUUCUCCCAUCCCCGGACAAGAGAGAAUUCGUUACAUACCUCGGAUCCCUUACCACCCCACCAUACAACGAGUGUGUUAUCUGGACCUUGUUCACAGAGCCUGUGGAGGUCUCCUUCGGACAGCUCAACGUGCUCCGUAAUAUCAUCCCCGCCAAUCAUCGCGCCUGCCAAGACAGAUGCGACCGUGAAAUCCGAUCUUCCUUCAACUUUUAAAUUUCUUAUUUUUUUCCCUUCUCAAUGGUUUUUUCUAUUUAGUUUUUCUGUACGAGAACAACUCACAAUCAUCAUGUAAAAAACAAGUUCACACCCCCGUGCCGAUGUAAGUAUGAAACGUCUCUUUCCCCUCAGAACAUACAUGUACGAAGAAGAGCUUAACACUCUUUUCUGCUUUCUCAUUAUAAAUAAUUUAGUAUUCAACUGGAAUAAAAAGUUUUUCGCUU